AUGCCGGAGGGUAUACGCAAGUAUUACGUGGGUCUGCUAAACCUAAUUCUGCUCUUCUUAAUCGCCUGGCAAGCGUCGCCUUACGCCACGAGAAGUUACGAUUACCGCGGCGUGACCGGCGGCGCUGGUGGAAAGGGAAUGAUGACGCUAGGGAAGGACGUGCCUGUACGGAGUUCCGCCGCCACCGACGCCAAGGAGGUGUCGCUGGAUUCGACUCAGAAGUCAUAUCCUCUCCCCCCCCUUCCUCUCCUCCCCCAAUUCCCCGUUCCCUUUCCGAAUCCGACUCGCAGUUCCGCCGUCACCGACGCCAAGGAAGCGUCGAUGGAUUCGACUCAGAAGUCAUAUCCUCCCCCCCCCCCUUCCUCUCCUCCCCCAAUUCCCCGUUCCCUUUCUGAAUCCGACUCGCAUUCCGCCGUCACCGACGCCAAGGAAGCGUCGCUGGAUUCGACUCAGAAGUCAUAUCCUCCCCCCCCCCUUCCUCUCCUCCCCCAAUUCCCCGUUCCCUUUCCGAAUCCGACUCGCAGUUCCGCCGUCACCGACGCCAAGGAAGCGUCGCUGGAUUCGACUCAGAAGUCAUAUCCUCCCCCCCCCCCUUCCUCUCCUCCCCCAAUUCCCCGUUCCCUUUCCGAAUCCGACUCGCAGUUCCGCCGUCACCGACGCCAAGGAAGCGUCGCUGGAUUCGACUCAGAAGUCAUAUCCUCCCCCCCCCCUUCCUCUCCUCCCCCAAUUCCCCGUUCCCGUUCCGAAUCCGACUCGCAUUCCGCCGUCACCGACGCCAAGGAAGCGUCGCUGGAUUCGACUCAGAAGUCAUAUCCUCCCCCCCCCCUUCCUCUCCUCCCCCAAUUCCCCGUUCCCUUUCCGAAUCCGGCUCGCAGUUCCGCCGCCACCGACGCCAAGGAAGCGUCGCUGGAUUCGUCCGAGUGGUCGCUCUCGGACAAGCUCGUCGCAGGGCGACCAGCAGCCGUCGCAGGCGACGCAACGGGGUCGCAGGCGCGGGGCAGCGGCGCGGCGAGCGACAGCCACGGACGCGGACAGGGAGUAUCCGGCGAGGCAGGGCUGCACCGAGAGGGGGCCGCGGCGGAUGGGGGAAAAGGUUCCGCCAAGGCGAAAGAAAGGCGCGAGCACGUUUGUUACACUUCCUCAGCCCCAUGGAAGGGUCACACCCUGGUUCCGCGCAACCACCUUUCGCGCAGGGGUGGUGGUGGGCGGAAGGGGGUGUGCGCGGGUAGGUGUGCAUGGCGUCAUGUUCCGCAUCUCCUCCCCCCGAAUGCUCCCCUUUCUCCUUCCGCCCUUCCUCGGUCUUCUCUUCCCCUUUCUCUCCUUUCCCCCUUCUCUCUCUCCCCAUCAGCCCCAUGGAAGGGCUACCAUCUGGUUCCGCGCAACCACCUUUCCCUGGGGGGGGUGGUGGGCGGAAAGGGGUGUGCGCGCUGUGUGGGAGAGCGUGAGUGUGUGGCCCACGAUCUCCGUCCCCACUUCUACCCAUUCCCCAUGGAAGGGCUACCAUCUGGUUCCGCGCAACCACCUUCCCCCGGGGGUGGUGGUGGGUGGGAGGGGGUGUGCGCGCUGUGUGCGCGGAAGGGACUGCGGCAUGCGCGUUUGGAUCAACGCCCCGGCCACUUGGGUGCAGGUGGGUUUGGGAUGGGUGCAGGUGGGUUUGGGAUGGGUGCUGCUGGGUUUGGGAUGGGUGGUGGUGGAAAAAGGACGGAUGCAGGUGGGACUGGGGUGGAUGCAGGUGGGAAUGGGGUGGGUGCAGGUGGGAAUGGGGUGGGUGCAGGUGGGUACCACAUGGGUGCAGAUCUACCCCAACGCCAGCUGAUCUACCCCAACGCCAGCUGGUGGAAGAAGGACAUGACGCUUAUCCUCAAGGGCCCUGCUCUCUCCCAUGGGGACAUCUACCCCAACGCGAGCUGGUGGAAGAAGGACAUGACGCUCAUCCUCAAGGGCCCUGCUCUCUCCCAUGGCGACGUGCGCUGCCUCGACCCCCCUGCCUGCUCGCAACUCGACCUCACCUACCGCCUCUGGGACGUGGGACAGUACAAGCCAUUCCUGGGCGUAGGCUGCGCCAACCUGCAGUUCGCCCCCAACUACAAGCAGCACCUGAGCCUCAUCCCGUUCCUCCCUUUUCCACUUCGCCCCAUGCGUUCUCUCACUCUUCCCAGGGCAUUCCCGAGGGUAGGCUGCGCCAAUCUGCGGUUCGGCCCCAACUACAAGCAGCGCCUGAGCCUCAUCUACAGCCUCUCUGUUCCGUUCCCCUCACGUGUUCGUCUCCUCUCUCCCCUACCAGGGCAUUCCUGA